GAGCAAAAAAAAGGGAUCCGGAACCCCCGGGGAGGAAUCGGAGAACUGGCGGUCUCAAAAAGGGGCAGGUACCCGGGAGCUGUUCUGUUUUCAAAAUAUAAACUUUUCGAGUCAGUCGAACUCAGAACGCCGUCCGGGAACGAUCAUCCCGCAAACGGAGCUGUUUGUCAUCGUCAGGCUUUCAUCGGCACGCAUAUUUGGUCGGCCGCACUGGUCAUCAGCAUCGCAGUCGCGCUUGCCCCACGCUUAAGUACGGUCGCUAGUGCGCUAAGAGUCCGCCGAAGCAGUCCGGUCUUUGGAGAUAUUGGGCCAUCAACCUGGUCAUCCCAAGGCACUGUUUGUCACGCGCGCAUCGAACUUCCACCGGGCGCGCUGAGUGUUAAUUUUAAGAGCGCGCAGAUCUAGCUGUGCCCGAUACGAUCGAGGACUUGUUGGGUGCGCAACUCGUGACAUCGCAAGGACCUCCAAGUGUACCGAGUGUGCAUCCGAACGACAUCCGAAUUCCGGUGAUUGUGGUGUGACAGUGGUGCAGUGCAGCGUGAGUGUCUCAGCCUCCCGGCAACAUAAGAGCGGGGCGCUCGCCCGAUAUUCUGGGGCGGAAAUUAUCCCAGCUGUGCAUACGAGUUUUUGGAGGACUUUAUGUCCUUUCGACACACAUUUAGUGAGCAGUGAGGUGUGACAGUGGGUGAAUUGUGCAUUGUGCGCCAGGUUGUUCCAUAUAGGUGAAUUGGUGUGCUCUGUGUGUUCUUCAAAGUGCGCGCGCGUGUCGACAUCCUGUACAAGGUGGUCCUACCAUCUCCAACCAAAUCGCAAUCGAUUCUAUCAGCCUGCUCAAAGAAAAGAAAAACACACACUCGCACAGAAAAGAUGGCGCUAUCAACACUCAACCGCCGGCAGUCCAGUGUAAGGCAGCAGAGACGGUGGUGGCAACUGCUGCUACCUCUGUUGGCCACAGUCCUAGCGUUACCCAGCUUAGUGACAAGCGCACCCACCAAACGGAACGUUUCGCCGUACGCGUUCAAUGUGACGCAGGCGCUCGAACAGGCGACCUGGAUAUCGCCGUGUGGCAAGAACGGUCAGGGUAGCAACGGUCAGGAGCAUGUGUCCAGCUUUAACAAGACAGCAAAAUUUCUUCACAUGGAGAGACAGAUCAAACUGACGUUGCUCGAUCUGGGCAAUUGGCGGGUUCUGUCCGGUAGGAACAACAGCGGCACGACCUGGAACGGCCCGUUUCUCAAGCACCAGGUCCUGCAACCGUUCUUGAAAAAUCAGUACAGCUGGGAGCGAAGACUGUCCGUGUACUGGGCAUACCUGCGGGUGAUAAACGUGUUUCACGCACAGUACUCCGACACGACCAACAUUAACCACAGUGAGGCGGACGCGCUCGAAACCGUGAACGAAGCAAACCGCCAGCUGCUGUGCAUCGUGCGGGAGUACCGCGAAAUGACGAACCCGAACCAGAAAAACAAAACGAUCGAUGCGGCACACAUGGAGCGGAAGAUUCGGUUUUUCAUACAGGACGCGGCCGAAAUCAAAAUACACAUCUGGUACGUGAUGUGCCGGCUCGAGUGUUUCCUGACGAACAUGCGCAAACAUUUGCACCAGCUGCUCGAUAAAAGCAAGCGACCGCGCAAACCGGUCAACGUGAUGAACUGCAAGGCCUGCCCGUACUGCGUCAAGUCGGACGAGCGGGAACAGUCGGAACCGGCCAAGAAUCGGAAGCACCGGAAGCAGCAGCGCCAGCAGCAACAGCCGAAACAGAACAAUCGUACGGAGCACGGUGGCCAGCAGAAGCAGAAAUCCAAGCAGCAACAGCAGCGGCCAAGCCGACAACCGAAAGGACGCAAGGGUACCUCCCGAGCACCGAGCAAUCGUGGGCGAAAGUGCUAGGGCGACCGUUUGCGCCACUACUCCGAAUUCCUACGCUCCCGUCAGUCUCUCUACUGGUCGCGCUGUCCGAGCCGACCGCGAACGCCAUGACGCGGCACACGACUUGCCAACUGUCUGACCCGAGGUCUGCCCCGGACACUGCGAUAUCACGACGCCACUUCGUUUCUGAAGGAUUGAAGCUGCCCGCCCCUCCCUGUUAGUACUGCAUCGUCUGCAUCGUCCUUACGUAGCUUCAACUUCAGACACAGCCAGCGACACGGAGCAGCCCGGGACGGACACACUCUAGGUAGUAUUAGGUGUAGGAUAUAUCGGUAGUAUCUCGGCUAAGUUACGGCGCCACGCCUACUCUACGCGCGGGUGCCUUCUAAACAGUUGUGCCUUUUUAACAUGUGUGUGAUGAACGGCGACAAUGAUGUGAUGAUGUGCGGUGGUCGAUGAUCGCAACUCAAGUGACACUUAAUGGCUGACAAUGGCAGCAGUACGGCAGCUACUUAGCACGAUAGCUUAUUUAUACACUAUUUAUUGAAUACCCGUCUCAAGCGGGCCGCAGUGGACGCUUCCCAGGCACAGUUCACGCUAGUAAUGUAAGGUGCGCGCCCCUGCACUCUCUCAUGAUCAUGAAAAUUUUACAAAACUUAAGCAUUUUUUUUUUCUCAAACGAUCUCGAACACGCAGUGACCGAACGCUGGUUUUCACCGUGGAUGAACAGUUAUUGGCAUCAGAAAAUGGAGGAAAAGAAAAGCAAGAGCCCAAGAGACCCUACAGUGUACAAGUACUUAUCCCAGUUUAGUUAGGCACGUUACGCGUUAAGUUAAGAACACCCAUCGCCCCCCCCCUCGGUCCUUUUGCUAAUUUUUGUUUUGCAUUCGCUUUCGUUGGCUUUCGCCGCGGAUGACAGAUGGGAACUGACAGAUAGGCAUCUGACAGGCGGACUAGUACUCUCGCGUUAGUGAAUGAUAGGUGAUAAACAAAAUGCCUGCUAGUGUGUGGUAAGCGACUUGACAAAAAAACAAAAUACGAAAACAUUGUAACGCUGUGAUAGAAUGCCCACUAUUAGACUCGAUUACUAGCGAAUGGAUAGUUCUAUCAGCGACGUAUAACAUUCCAAGCGUUUAUUUGACAUUAUUUAUUUCUAUUAAACACACACACACGCAAGCAAAUUUGUAGGAAGGUGUAACGUCGGGAUCGCUACGAAAUUACUAGCAUUACUACUAGCCAGAGUCACGCAUUUGUAAAUUGAAACAGCAGAAAACCAAAAUACGCACAGUGUUAAUACGCAGAGUAUAAGCUUAGACACUAGAUGAUGUAGGGCGUGAUAAGUGAGAAAGCGAGAGGCAUGCUCGUUAGGUUAUAGGUACACCCGCACUUCUGCUACUUGCCUCGGUACGUGUCCCGUGUCGGCCACACACGUCAGUGCAAGACACACGCACACACACUCACACACGUGCACGCCCGGUUUGAACCGCAGCCCCCCUGAGAUGACUUAGUUUUGUAGUAUUUUAUUUGCCAACCAACUAUUUAUUGUAAUUAAAGUUUUUAAUUUUUAAUUUUUCGUUGCAACUGUAACAAUACAAAACAGUGCUACGGUAGUAAGUUAUUUUAUCGUUCCUAUGUACAAAACUCACGCUUCAUCCUAGGCGUCCUAUGUAGUAAUCUUGAACCGCACAAUCAACAGCCAGUACGUGACGCUACGCGGCAAGCGUCGUAUGAUCGAAUAAAUGUGAAGGAAGGUAGAGCGAGCCGAAAAAGGGAGAGAAAAAGUCAAAAAUGAAAACGAAAGUGUUGGAAUACUCU